CGGAAAUAGGUUGAACCCACCAACUUCAGGGAGUUGAGUUGUAGUUGGAUACCAGGACUGCUGCUUUCUCAGGACAACAGGAGACUGCAAUCAGAAUGGAGAAAGAUUUCUCCAAAGGUAAACUCCAGCGUGCUGUCCUUGUCCUGGCAAUUGUAGGAGUAAUCAUCUUAUUGACGGUCGCCAGAACAUACCAGCCAGGGAGAUUUUAUCUGCCAGGGAUGGAAACCUACAACAAACAUGGUACAUGUCCAGAUGUACUCAAAUAUAUGGUGGCAGGUUCAUGGGCCACUCGUCCUAUCACACAGAAAGAGGAAGAUGAGAUCGAAGCCUUUUUACUACAAGGCCUCUACGCUGUAAAUGGCAGCAAUAAUUUCGAACUGAUGGACAAAAGAUGCGGGAACCUGGGCUACUAUCCAUGGAAGUCAAGCGAGAGAAUGGCAGACUGGACAAGAGCACUGUGUAACCCCAGGGGAAGUAACCCUUGUUGCUAUAACAACACGUGUCAGAUGAAAACAGUCGAGGAAUGUAACUGUACGGACUGCUAUGACCUUCGACCUCAGUUACAUGCUGAAUAUUCGAAAUGGAUUCCCAACGAUGGCAGAUGUCAAGUAAAAACAUUCUCACCCAACGCUGCCUGUGAGCUCCUCCGGGGAGGCACCUACCACUUUUACGGCGACUCCAUCGUCAGAAUGGUGUUUCUGGCCCUCAUCAUCAUACUCAAGGGAGACAAUCAAUAUGGAGGACUUCGCCCCGAUACACCUACUGACAUAAAGAAAAGAUGUUCUGGGAUGUAUGUAUUUCCAACCCGUAACUGUCGAGCGUAUUUGGACUACACGCCGACACUCUGCAACGGGACGGUAACAGUGCUGUUCCGUCAUUAUCCGUCCAGUAACGACGUUCCUAAGAUGAUACAAGAUGUCAAACCAGUUCUUGGAAAACCAAAGUCUAUCAUCUUUUUUGGCGCUGGCUCAUGGCAACAAUUUGAUCCGCGGCCUAUGAAGAAAUAUUCCUUAGCUGUAAUCUCCUUACUUAAGAAUGAAACUUGGCCAAAGUUGAUAUGGUCAGGUUUUCAUUAUUUUGGCCUUUUUCAUCGGCGGUUUCACCCAUCAUCAGACAAUGCUCACGUUGAAGUCUUUAACAGAUAUAUGGAGGACCUGGUGGGAGGGUUCAAUGUCUCUGUGUUUGAUACCUUCAACAUGACUAAAGGAGUCAGGAGCGUGGAUGGCGUGCACUACGGCCCUGGGGUCAACUUCGUUAAAGCUCAGAUAUUCUUGAAUUAUGUUUUGGAAUUACAGCGUCACGAAAAAUGGACUUGACACAAAUGUUGUAUGCAUGUAAGCAUUCGAGUCUCGAGUUAUAAGAAGCUAUUUAUUUAUGAAGUUUUCUCCAUGGUUGGAGAAAGAGAUUAUUUUGUCAUGGUUCAGUAAAUCACAUUCAGGUUAUCUCCCAAAACCCCUACAUCCCAUUUCCCCUACAACCCAGUUCCCCUACAAUUAGUUAAAACAACAC